CUCGGCAUUAGACAGUCUCUCGGUAUUAGACAGUCUCUCGGCAUUAGACAGUCUCUCGGCAUUAGACAGUCUCUCGGCAUUAGACAGUCUCUCGGCAUUAGACAGUCUCUCGGAAUUAGACAGUCUCUCGGCAUUAGACAGUCUCUCGGCAUUAGACAGUCUCUCGGCAUUAGACAGUCUCUCGGCAUUAGACAGUCUCUCGACAUUAGACAGUCUCUCGGUAUUAGACAGUCUCUCGGCAUUAGACAGUCUCUCGGUAUUAGACAAUCUAAAGGAAAAGACUCUUUUUCCUCAUUAUGCACUGCAUGGAGUUGUCUUCUCUUUUCAGCACAAUAA